UGAAUGAAAGUGCAGUGUAUUGGUUACUAUGUUGUAAAUUGUGAGCAAUGAAAUAAAACUGUACUGAAAGGUGCAUCUAUGUUACAAAAAACCAAGAGAGGAAAAAAAUCAACCUUUCACUGGGAGGAGUUGGGGUGUGAGUUUGCUACUAAUGCUAUAGUUAGUUGCUUCGGGUGGACUCCUGUCUUUAAAGUCCGUAUAAAGCAGUAAUAAAUAGCCAAAUAAAUAACCACCCAGCCAAAUUUGAAUGAUUAAAAAAAUCACCAAGUAAGUAAAAUAAGUUAUCAAAAUCUUGAAAAAAUAAGCAGUAUUCUCUGCUCUCAAACACUGGGGGCGCUGAAACCACGCCCACUCGCGGGAAAGCUGCGCCUGUCUCAACUGUCACAAAAAUGGAUGCUCCCUUUAGCAGCAUCAUUGGAUUCACACACCCAUACAAGUUUGAGCCUCCACAGCCAGAAUCCAAUUCAGAGGACAAUGACCAGCUACCUGAAAAUCAACCUCAUCCCUCUUGGUCUGCAACAGAAAGGUGCACCUGUGGAGAAUGCAGGACAAUGCCCACAGAGGAUCAGAAUGUCUGCUGCAAAGACCUGAAUGCUGUUCAGAAUAGAUAUGGAGAGCUUCCUGAAGAGCCAUGGUGCGGGACUCUUUAUCCAGGCCUUGAGCCUGUCUGCCUGAAACCCUACUCCCUGCAAAAUACCCUGAACACCUACCAGGCAGACCAUGGGCCACUGGAGAUGAAGGAAAGAGCUGUUCGUGCUCGCUACCUGGCCUACAGAUGUUUUGCUUCCUGGUGCUGGGGAUACCUGGGAAAGCACAACAGGGUUGUCAUACCUUUUUGUGUUGUGCUCCAUAUCCAGGAGUACCUGGAUGAAGAUGGGGAGUACACAGGCUUUAAACCUCCCAUUUAACUUUAAAGUCUUAUAUUGUAAUUGUUUGUUAAUGUGUUAUGUACACAAUUAUUUAUUCAAUACACAUUUAAUACAUUUCAUAUAAGUCUUGGACAGCUGUCAAUCAGUUUUUGAGUAAUGAUAUGUUUGUAUGUGUGUUACAACUUACUU